AUGCUAAAUAAAACAGCUUACCAGAAACGUCUGUUAAAGGUACACUUAAAUACCAAUAGAGAAAGGUGUCCAAAGUUGUUGAUGAAAGACCUAAUGUCAAAAGAGGCAUGGACUGAAACAGACUUGGGAAAAGUUUACAACGUAAUGUUUAGUGCAGUCGAGCUAAACAUUCCGCUAGAAUUCCGUAAAAGAUACAGGAAAGAAGUGACAAAAAACGAUACUGUACAACGUUUCACUGAACCAAAUGAAAUAGAAACAAAGGAAAACAAGACGCUUGAAAGAAAUGUUGGUGAUCAGCGGUUCUUCGACAAAAUAAGAAAAGCUCAAGAAAGACAACGAAAGGGUACUUUGAACCGCAACAAUGAUUCCAUUCGUGCACAAACAGCUGGAACAGACAAAGUCCCGGAUGAGAUUGAUGAUGACCCUUACACUAGACGUCUCUAUACAAAAGCUCUACAAGAUGGGAAAGAAACUGACCGUGGUAUUCGAAUAAAUGUUGUCGGCAAUUUUUCACAAGGAAAAACAUCACUUAUAAGACGACUGGUUGGACAAAGUAUCGAUGGAGUUGAAACGACAAAUGGAAUAGACAUUGAUAGGUACAUAUGCAAAAAGUCACCUGAUGGCAAUAUACAUUGUGUAAAAUCUAUCAGAGAUGAUGAUACAAGCGCUCUUCGUCGGCUUUUCAUGAUAGCGAACUCAAUAGAAUCUGACGAGGUGGAAAGUAUCGGUCAAGAAGCGGAAAAUAUCGGUCAAAGCUCAAAAAUUGAUGAAACUAUAUAUGAAAAUGAAACAGAAGGUGCUGAAUUAGUACAGUCGCCUAUUUACUUUGAAAUCAAUGAAGAGUUUCUGUACUUUCUAAACCUGAUGAAAUCUAAAACAAGAGAUGAAGUUGCCCAGACCGAAAAAGAAUUACCCGCAACGUUUGACAUAUGGGACUUUGGUGGUCAAUACAUAUUUUAUGCAACACAUACAAUGUUUCAUAGCAGAAAUGCGAUAUAUCUUCUUGUGAUGGAUCUUACGCUCGGCAUGGAACACAUUAUUUUGGACGAGGAUUUUCCUGCAGAGACUGGUGACAGAAAUAUGGAAUACUUUAUCAAAUUCUGGAUGAAUUCCAUCCAUUCAUUUGUUGGCACACAGAAUGGUCCCGAACCACACGUUAUUCUUGUUGGAACACACAAAGAUAAAAUACCUGGAGAUGAAAAUACCAAACUGAGUUGUAUUGAAAAAUAUUUUGAGAAUGUAAGAAUGCUCUUUGACAAUAGGGAGGUAAUCAAACAUAUACAUUCAAAAGACUUUGCCGUUGAUAAUACGUCAUCAGAAGAUACUGGCAUCGAGUUGUUAGGAAAGGAGAUUAUAAGGUUAGGCACAGAAAAGUCAACAGAAGUCCAAAUACCGGCAAAAUGGAUACCUCUAGAAGAGUCCCUGAAAAAGAGAAAAAACGAGAAUAUAAUUUCAUUUUAUGAACUUAAGAAAAUUGAUGCUGAAAAUAGUUUUUCGCUGGAUGACGAAGAACAAAUCAAGCUGUUCCUGAAGUACCACCAUUCAAAGGGCACAUUGUUCUAUUUUGACGAAGAACCAGUCUCAGAAUACGUCGUGAUCAAUCCACAAUACCUUAUAAAUGCAUUUAAGUGCAUCAUUACAUCAGAAAGGUUUUGUAAAAAAGACCCAAAUAUUCGCCCAUUAUGGAGCCGGUGGUAUUAG